AUGGCAGACAAAACUGAUGCUGAGAAAAGCAAAGUUAUUCAGUACAUCAUAGGCCCUGAAGGUAGGGAAAUCUUUGAAACUUUUGAGUUCACGGAAGAAGAUGAUGAUAAAAGCACUGUACCAAAAGACAUCUUAGACAAGUUUGAAAAACAUUUCGCCUUAAAGAAAAGCCUUGUAGUUUCUCGUCACAAGUUCAACACUAGAAAUCAAGGAAGAAAUGAAUCCAUUGAUGAUUUCGUCACAGCACUAAAAAUAUUAGCAAAGGAUUGUGCAUUUGGCACAAUGCGUGAUGAACUGAUUCGUGACAGAAUAAUAUGUGGUAUUUACUGUGAGCAAGUUAAAGACAAACUACUGCAGAAACAAGAUCCAAACCUAGAGAAAACACUAACCAUAUGCAGAGCUCAUGAAGAAUCAAAGAAAAAUAGGCAAGAUCUGGCUGAAGAAACCAGUGUACAUAGUGUAAGAUCAAAGAAAACUUAUGCACAACAAAAACAAAUCAAGAAAUCCAACUACAGUGGCACAAGCCAAAAACAAAGCCAUGAUAAUCCUAAGAAAGAGAAGUGUGGCAAAUGUGGGACUGUACACGCAAGAAAACAAUGUCCAGCAUAUGGUAGGAGAUGUCUGAAAUGCCACAAAAUGAAUCACUACCAAAAGUACUGUAGAUCCAAAAUCAGUGUCCACGGAUUAAAUGAAGAAGAAUCAGAUACUGAAUCCAGUACACUCUAUGUUGGAGCCAUAAAAAAGAAAUGCAACACUGAGGUCAAAAGAAGACGAGUGCUAUGUGACAACUAA